AUGUCCUACUAUCACUGCUCAGGAAACUUCUCCUCCCGCUCCCUUGGGGACCACCUGUGCUACUCAGGCUCCUCCUGUGGCUCUUCCUACCCCAGCAACCUGGUCUACAGCACUGACCGCUGCUCUCCCAGCUCCUGCCGUCUGGACUCCUCUCUCCAGAGUGGCUGCUAUGAACCCAUCAGGUGCCUUACAUCCUGUGUGCUAUCCAGUCCCUGCCAGACAUUCUGCUACCGCCCAAGAACCUGCAUGCUCUACAGUCCUUGCUGGACAACUUAUCCUGGGUCUCUGGGCUCUCGGUCCAGCAGAGGCUGCUCCCUGGGCUAUGGAUACAGAAGCUGCUACACACUGGGCUUUGGAUCCCAUGGCAGAGGCUGCUCCCUGGGCUAUGGAUCUAGAAGCUGCUACACACUGGGCUUUGGAUCCCAUGGCUUCAGACCCCUGGGUUAUGAAGUCUACGCCUUCCCUUAG